UUAACCCGCUAUUAGUGCGACUGACCGAUAAAAGUUUGUGGUGGAAGCGGAGCGCGGAACUUACCGGCGGCCGUUAGCCGGUUAGCCGCGCUCUCCGCGCGUUCCCUGGCGGGCCUGGACGCGAACGACACCGGCGGCGGAGAACGGAUGUCUCCCGGUGCUCCGCUCGGUGCUCCGCUCGGGCUGAUCGUUCCGAGUGUGUUUAGUCUGUGUUUGACAGGAAACAGCGUCCUGAUGAAGUUGUGUUCAGAAAACAGCCGAGAAUCUGCUGAGACGAUGCUGAGACGCUCUCCGUCGGUGAGGUUCGUCCCGUCCGGGAAGUUCACAAACCCCCGGUGAGCUCUGUGUGACGAGCGUCCAUGACACCCCGUUUCGCCGCUGAAGCUCCCUGUCUGAGGGAGCGUCUCAUACCAGCUGCCCAAAUGCUGGGUCUUCACUCCUAUCCCCCCGUUCCCCAUUAAACUCCCUCACCAGACCAUCCCUGCCACAGUCACCAUACUCAUCAUGUCAAGCCGAAGGAAGUCGUCCCACCCCUGUGUGCUCCGUGCAACCAAUUUCACUGCAGAAGACUCCAUGGAAAUGGAUGUUUCAGUGAAGACCGUGUUGGGCAGAUAUUCACCUGUGCCAGCAAACGAAAACUGCACAUCCCUGAAUGAUAAGGAAGAGCAGCAGUCCGAGGGGGGUUCUGCAUCGGAGCAGAACUUUAGAGAUCAUGAGGAGAUCCCUCAGUCCGAAGGUCCAGUCAGUACACUCUACCUUUGUACCAUCUGCAAUUUCAGUACCACCAAGUCUGACUCCCUCUCAUGUCAUAAUAAAGUUCAUCACCCCGGUGAGAGCCGUUUUAAGGUCAGGCAUAUCAAACUGGAUAGCCAAAGUAUCCUGGAGCAAACCAUUGAGAGCGAGAAUGAAGGAUCCCUUUCGGACACCAUAUAUGACUCGGGACUGUUUGGAGACUCCAGCAAUCCAGAAGGAGAAGAAACUGGAAAGACACGAAUGGAAAACAGCAGCACUUUGGAUGUGGAGAAGGAGCUGGACAGUCCAGUGCUGAAUGAUGAGAUCAGAGCUGUGAGUGUAAAUGGUACAAUCAUUAUUCCAGAGCCUACGAGUCACGUAACGCCUCUGCUUCAGAGACCCCCCAAUCUCAGCACCUCUCCAGCGAUCGCCGUUCCUCUUCACAGCACCAAGUACAACCCCAUAUUGGACCGCAAUGUCACCCUGAUCACAUCGUUUAACAGAUUCCCAUAUCCGACCCACGCAGAGCUCUCCUGGCUCACUGCUGCCUCCAAACACACCGAGGAGCAGAUCAAGGUAUGGUUCACCACCCAGCGUCUGAAGCAGGGCAUCACCUGGUCCCCUGAAGAAGUGGAAGAAGCCCGUAAGAAGAUGUUCAAUGGCAGCAUAGCACAUGCACACCAGAUCUGUAAAAUCUGGCCUUCACCAUUUGGAGAACCAUUCAACCCUUUUCAAGCUACUUGUCAUGGAUUUGUGCAGACCAGCCUUGCAUCAAACAUCACAACUGCUAGAUCACCCACUACUUGUACGCCUGGCAUUGCUACAGCAGUCCGUCAGACGCUUAAGCGCACUUUAGGAACUCCACUCUUGGCUUCAGAGGUCAAACGUCCAUCUGUAGACCCCAAAGAGAGUCUGCGCAUGCCCCCUCCACCAGCUCCACCUCCAGAAAGACUCAUUAUCGCUUCUUCUCCUGGGCUCUCAGAGACCAAAACAUCUAGCCCUGGUUCUCUGGUGGCCUCAGACAUGAAGAGACCUGUUGCUGCACAUUUUGUCCCACCUAAAGGGAAACCCCCAAUGACUCAAUCUAAAGAGAAGAUACCUGUGGCAUUUCCUUCAGAGUUGCCCAAAGAAAGACUUCCUUUGUCACCCAUAGUGUCCAGCAAUCCCAAAAGAUCUGUAAUUGAUCAGCAAAUGAGCAAUCAUACUCCAGCCUCCACAUUUAUUGCUAAAAACAAGUUUGGUAAUGGUGUAACCAUGCCCUUGGCACCAGCUGUGGAGACCCCACAAGAGAGUAAGCCAAUGAUCAUGCAGACUCCAUCGUCCGUGCCUCUGUCCUCGUCCCCGACACCAAUCCUUCAGUGUAAGUCUAUAGAGCCAUCAGCUGCUCCAGCAUUCCCAGGCUUCAGUAGUCCGAAUGGCAAAGAAAUGCCCCAUGGGGAUGCUAAGCACUGGUUUUUUGAUCAUACUACAAAUUCCCAGAACAAUUCCCUGAACUCGUAUGUUGGAUUUGCUUGUCCAGUUCCCACUCAGUUUCCUCUGCUAGAGAGAGUGAAGGACAAGAGUCCAGGGCAAAUGAAGCUUCUAGAGGAAAGUUUUCAGAGGAACGGUUUCCCGUCCUAUAAUGAGGUCGAACACCUCGUCAUCACCACUAGACUGUCCAGAGAGGAAAUCGAAAGCUGGUUCUUGGAGCGCCGAGCACUUCGAGAUGAUUUGGAACAAGCCCUGCUGAACUCCAUGGGCUCUAAACGGGAGUCCCAGCAGACUCUCCUCAAUGGAGCUCAGAGACGUCCUGGCAACCUUUCCUUCAGCCCCGUGCCUCCAGUCAGCAAGUCUGCGAACCUUCUCAAAAACGUCUUUGUCCAGAACCGAUGGCCUUCGCCUGUAGAGUUCAGGCAUCUGGAGAUGCAAGCGCGGUUGGCUCGCACAGAACUUGUCCGCUGGUUCAGAGAUAGUCGGCUAGCUCAGCAGGGCCGCAUCCUAGACCGGAAGGAGAUGUUUGGAGAGCGGAACGUCGCAACAAAACGACCGCUGAGAGAAGACAACACCAAACCCAGCAGCAACCCAGAGAUCGAAAACUGGUUCAGCAACACUGGGAGCAAUGGACAGCCGGUUGGUGAGGGCAGAGAGGACUGUGGAGGGAACACAUGUGAGCUGUUCUCAGACGCAGAUUAGAAGACAGAAGGUGAGAAGCGGCUCGUCACUGUCGCUCAUCGAAGUGCUUUAGGAACCACGGAUGUCGGACUGGAGCAUUGUGGGAAUGUUGUUGUAAUGUUGUGUGAGUGUUGUGUGUAUGUUUUGGAACGCACUGAGGAACGUGUGCGCUGGAGUACCUGCAAACAUACCUUUACUGCAGAUAUGCUGCAGAUCCGUACAUUUUUAUGGCAUAUUUUGUUACAUUUUAUAAUGGGAACAAGAUUUGGCUGUUUUUUAGUGGACAUUUCUUAACCGUCUGCCAGGAAGCUUCUCUGCGACAGCCCAUGAUUCUUCUACUACAGACGGGACUCUUUAUUGACAGAGUCAUGAUUCACUCUUCUGCUGGUGAACACACACACACACACACACACACUCGUAAUGAACUGUUUCUCUGCUGUAGUGUAUCUGCAUCUGUAUGAAACGCUAACGCUCUCUUCACACACAGACCUCCGCUGGAAUCCAAUAAAAUGCAGCCAGAUUUAUGCUGUUUGUUUGAGAUGCCAUUGCUGUAUGAUAGGCCACAUGAAGCUUGUUUCCCCUUGUUUUGUUCUGUAGAUUCACUUCAGUCUCAUAAUAGCAGAUCCUGAUGAAUCUGAGCGACGGAAAUGUCUCGCAGACGUCUGGAACACCCAACACACGAGCAGACUCUGUCUUCAACGCAGACACAUCAGACAGAAAUAUCACAAACUCUCAACUCAUUACUGUGCGCUGUGGCUUAAACAUUCCCCUCAUUUAGAAGCGGAGUGAACUAACACUUUAAUCCUUCCUGCUGAUUGUUUUUGCUUUUAGGCGGUUUUGGGUCACGACGGAGACGGAACUGAGACACGCAUGAGAUUUCACACGUUACAUCACAAAUACAGAGGAUUAUGUAAUACGUGUUUCAUAAUGUUGGACAAAUGCAUGAUCUGUUCUUCAGAGAGGUCAGGUUCUGCAGGGGCUGGAGGAUUGUGGGUAGUGUAGUACUUCAGCUCAGUUUGGUUUAAUGUGAAAAUCAACUUCUCUGUGGUGAGAACCAGUGGUGCUUCAUUCAGAGAGAAGCCGAGCACAGAACCGAGGUCGAGGUCGAGGAUGAGGAACGCUGGAAGGUGAGCUUGUUUUCAUGUUCAUAUGGAGAGGAUUUUCUUUUUCCUGAUAAUGCCAGGUAAUGUCAUCACAUUGAACUAAAACUCUGCUCACACAGAAUCUAGCAACUUCCCCAAAAUUUGUGAUAAUUUUUGUACCUUUUUGGGGUUUUUUGCCACCUUGUUAUACUUGCAGUGUUUUCAGUCAGAAAUGACCGGCCUUUUUCCACUCAAAAGCUGAAUAUCGCCAAAAUUAUCCACAAAAAUGCCACUUCAUAAAAAACAGAAUAUUGUCGAUAUUGUCGACAAAUAAUGUUGUUGUUUUUUUUUUUCAUUUUUUAAAAACUUAAUAUUGUCAAAAUAUUGCGUAUGAUCAAUCAUUUCCAAUAAGAAACACAAAACCUUUGCUAAAUGAAAUAAAACAAGUUGAUAAAAAGAUUGAAUGCAAUUGUUGAUAAUAUAGCACAUGAGAGAUUUACAAGCAAUUCACAGCACAAGCGUUAAUCAGUGACGUACUGGCCUUGUGAUGUUGGCUGGGAAAAUAUGAUGUUUCAUCAGUAACUUUCAUAUAAAAUAUUAAAAUCAGUUAUAUAAGCACAGCAGUGGUGCACAUAUCCUGAGAAUGACGCUGAUGCAGAGCCUCAUGUAAUGUAUGUUUCUGAGUGUGUGUGUGUGUGCGUGUAAUCCAGGUCAGACGCUGUUGUGCUGUUGUCCUCGUGUAUAUCCAGUCUGUGUGUGAAAGCAGGUCAGACGCUGCAGUUGUUCUGGAUUCUUUCCUUAGAUGACUCUAUACGCACUCGCACACACACUCACACUCACACACACUCACACUCACACUCACACACACACACACACACACUCACAUGCACACACACACUCACACUCACACACACGCACACUCACACUCACACACACACACACUCACAUGCACAUGCACACGCACACACACACACACUCUCACACACACACACAUGUUCGGUUUUGUGAAAAGUGGGGACUCUCCAUAGGCGUAAUGGUUGUUAUACUGUACUUACUGUAUGUGCUAUUGCCCUACACCAACCCUACACCUAAACCUACCCCUUACAGGAGACUGUGCAUUUCAACUUUCCCCAAAAAAACCUCAUUCUGAGUGAUUUAUAAGUGUUUUGAAAAGUGGGGACAUGGGUCAAUGUCCUGAGAUGCCACCUUCAGCUUGUAAUAC